AGAAACCACACGAUCGGUUGUGUGCAUUAAUUUAUAAAGACUUCUAUGCGUAGCAACAUUUAUUUUUAUGAUUAAAAGUCUACAAACUUGAGGCUACACUUUGAACAGAAACAAAAGCGACCUUUGACCUGGAGGAGUUUCCUAUCGUUUCAUGAGUUGGAAAAGGUACCACUACUACAGCCCCUACUGGAACCCCUACCCCCACAGAGACCUAUAUAACACCCCCUGUUUUACCACUAGCCCCAGGUACCACUACUACAGCCCCGACUGUAACCCUUACCCCCACUGGGCAACACGUCACUACCACCGAGGCGGCAGCAUGUUCGGGCGUCUUUUCUUCUUCCUCGUGGGCGUCUACGCCGGCGUGGCGGCCAACCAGCGGUACCGCCUCCCCGACGCCCCCACCCCAUGCGACGGCUGGCGCCACCACCGACGGUGCCGACACGACGAAGAGGGUGAGCAAGGCGAGAAAAAACAAUCCCGGCUGGACGAGUUCCCAGAAAUCAAAGAAGCCAUAGAGAAACUGAAGGCGUUGGAGCGUCGCUACCGGAAGUCGACGCCCAGCGACGAAACAGCUAGCACGUCAUCGCCAGCGUCACCGGGAUUUACCAAAGACUGAACGUGCGGAUAUUUGUAUAGGUUUGCAGUGGUGUGAACGAUUCUACUGCGCUGGUGGAAUUUUAAUUUAUUUAUUUUUACAAAUUCGUAGACUAUUAAUAUAAUUAAAUUAUUUUUUUAAUUAGCAGAAGAGUAGAUGCUGUAUAUAAUUAAGUCUAAUAAUUCUUGCCUGGAACGUCAAUGUCGAUAGAUUAAAAUUGGUAAGUUUUGAAUAUAUUGAGAUAGGGGAGAGCACUUGUUAAAUAAAUGGUAAGGUUAAAUAUUCUAAGUUGCUUCCCCUGAAAACAAUUUUUUUUUUUUUCAAAGUAAAAUAAUUUCAGUGAAAUAGUUUAAUUAAAGCUGUUUUUGGGUUAAGCUGACUAAAUUUAUAUAAUAUGCAUCUUUGCUAAGGAGAAUGCAUCUAUGAAAUAAAUCAAAACUAAAUAACUUAAUAGUAAAGCACUAUUAGUUUUCUGCCCCUUAUAUUACCUUCCCUCCAACAAGGACCUUUCUCUAAAUAAGUAUAGGGGAUAAGGUAUAAAUGAAGAUUAUGUUAAAUAUUUUUACACUGCUAUGACUGCAUACUUGUUGAUGUCUAUAAAUAUGAUUGUUUUAGCUUUACCUAUGUUACAAAUAUGUUUUAUACUGUUAUGACUACAUACUUUACAUAUUGGUGUUUUUAUUUUACCAAUGUUUUAUGAAAUGUGCUUUAUAUGUGUCAAUGCUACAUGAAAUGUAUGUGAAUAUUGCAUCUUAAAUUGUUGUUUUUAUACCAUUUUAUAAUUUUGAUGAAAUAAUGUACUGUAUGGCUUGUCAAUGUUCUUUAUAAUUUUAUUGCCUGUCAAUGUUUUUAUAAUGCUUUUUAAUUUUACUAUAUAAUAGUUGACUUGUCUGUCAAUGUGUGACAUACUAUAUAUUAUGUGUGAGUAAAAUAUUGACAUGGAUGUGUGGCUGUCAUAUGGAACAUUUUAUAUACACUAGGCACAUUCAAGACAAUUUAAAAUGCAGAUUAAAAAAAAACUUA